CAGGAAUGGUCUCUAAUACUGACUAGGAACAGCUUGUAAUGACGGUAGAGGCUCGGGCAUCGGUGGAGGCAUGGCCGGGGGCAGAGCAUACAAGUAGAUGAGACUGGGGGAGCAUGGACUAUGGAGCACAACAUCGCCCAUGGUGUCCAGCGCACAGCCUACAGCCACAGCCCACCCCAGGUCCUCCGUCGCAAACCCACCCAAGGGCCGCAAGAUCAUCAGGGGCAUACAGCUCAAGAGAGGCUCAGCCUGCAACGCAUGCAGACGAAGGCGCGUCAAGUGCGAUGGCGGAAAGCCACACUGCGCCUCAUGUGUACGCAGCCUGCAGUAUCUCGAGAGAAUACACCCCGGCGACCGACAUACCAUCCAGUGCCACUAUACCCACGACUGGGAUAACGAGGACGACGGCCACUCUUCCCAGGGCGAAGAGACAGAUCCCAGGCCGCGGGGCGGAGUGGAUAUCGAAGAGCCAGCCCCGGUUCAGAAUACUGGUGGGUGGCAGUGUAGUGCGAUGACUAGAAUGCAAUGCUAAACGUAUAUAGAGGGGAG